GUUCUCUUUCUCACUACAUUCCUCUCUGUAAUUCUGCUGUGAUACUGUCUCAGAGAGCACCUCCCAUUUUUGUGGGUCACUGCACUGCAGCGUCUUGGAUACAAAGCAAUGACAGCGAGAGAGCGGAGAUUUUGACAGGCGGCGAAACACGAUGUUCGGUUUUCAUAAAUCUAAAAUCUAUCGGAGCUUGGAAGGCUGUUGUAUUUGCAAGACCAAAUCUUCCAGCUCUCGCUUCACUGACAGCAGACGAUAUGAGGAAUGCUUUAAACUUUGUUUUGGUUUGAUAGAGUCACGUGCAGGUGAUAUCUGUAAUGCAUGUGUUCUUUUGGUGAAGAGAUGGAAGAAACUUCCCGCGGGAUCGAAAAAGAACUGGAGUCAUGUGGUUGACGCACGAGCUGGUCCAGGUCUUAAAACGCUUGUGAAACCUAAGAAAAUUAGAUCUGGCAGUGAUGGCAAAAAGAAAAGCAAAUUGAGGAGACUCCAGCAAAAGCUAAAAAGACAGAAUUCAGAUGCACACAGCACAACAUCUAGUAUUUCUCCUUCCCAGUCACCCAGCUACAGCAACCAAUCGGAUGAAGGUUCAGAUAUGGAAACACAGAAAAGUCUUUCCUUACAACCAGUCUUCUCAUUCCUUGAUCUGACUUAUUGGAAGAGGCAAAAGGUUUGCUGUGGCAUUAUCUACAAGGGCCGUUUUGGUGAGGUGCUGAUUGAUCCUCGUCUUUUUAAGCCUUGUUGUAGCGCAAAAAAGGAUUCUGAAUCUGCAACACGGGCAGAAACACCACUUCAGGCUAUUAAAAGAGAUUGGUAAAGUGCACACUAACAGCUGGAAUUUAAAGUUUGUCUCAGGUCCUUUCACCUGUAUUUACAUUCUUUUGUCUCCAGUGGCAGACAUCUAUUUUUAAAAAAGUAUUUGAUAUCAUUUUGUCAAAAAGCCAAAUCACUGAAAGGAUAAAUAUUUCUUGGUCUACAACUACUUGAAACAGUGAACUCAGUUUUAUACAUUUUCACUGUUUGUGCAUUUUUUAAAAAGUAGGCUUGAUGAUUCAGUUAUUCAUUUGAGACCUCCGGGCAUUGAAUACUUUGUUGGAAUGAAUUCUAUUGCUGUAAUUUUUUUUAUAUAAUGGAUGAGUUUAAUGUUUAAUGGGUUUUUUAAAAUUGUAGAUAUACCUUGCAAGACAAAAUCUUCUAUCUUGUAAUUAGAUGUCCUAUUACCAAAUGGAGUAUACUGUAGUUCAUCAUUAGUUUCUAAUAUUCAUUUUUCCACCCCUCCCCUACGAGUUUGGCCGAAUCUACAUAAUAUCCCAAGUUCUCUACAACCAGGGUUGUGGAAUUGUUCUGGGAUGUGCAAUAGCAACUGUUUUUGUUUAGUUCAAUAUAAGUAGCAUCUGUCAUGCGAUGGAGUCUUCUUUAUUGUCUGUUAAUUCACUGGGAAUUUGGGAUACAUUCAUCCAGUGCAUUUUUGAUUCCAUAAUCAAAUUAAAUUGCUUUUUAGAAUUAAGUCAUUGUGAAAUAAGUGACUUUUUUUACUCUCGUGCUGUCAGAUUGUCCUUUGCUUGAACAAUUAAAUUGCAUUUAGCACAAUUAUGGGGAGGAGGGAGACUUUUAUAACAUAAAACUCCAUACUGUUGGGCCAUUUUCUGUCUUGAGUGGAGUUGCUAGUGAACUUAAAAGGGGGGAAUUUCAUUCAAUAUAGGUCAUUGUUUUUUCUUGGAGCAAGAGAAGAACUGAAGUAAAUUUUCAUGUGGACAUGAUUAUUUUUGCUACCUGCCAACUUCACUGAAUUUGGUUCAGAGGAAGUAAUUUGUUUUAGUUAACCAAAAUAGUGUUUAGUUUCCUAGCUAACUUUAGAAGUUAUUUUCCCUUGACAAUUUUUUUUUUGUCUCCCUACAAUUUAUUAUUCCCCCUGUCCAUUAACAGAUUAUGUAUUCUUCUGCUUUGAAAUGUUUUCUUAUACUUCUCAAUUUGAAUAUUUCAAGUUUUAGGUUACUUUCAACUGUGAAUUUGCAUAAUGUUCACCAUUUACAUAUGUUGGAAAACAAAUUUUGAACUUAAGUUGGGGACUCUGCUUUGUUUUCCAUAACUAUCCCCUGUCAUUUAGCUCUUGUUGCCUAACUAUAAGGUUAUGUUCCUCUCUCAUGUAGCUGUGUCUGUCUCUCAACCCCAUGUUUGUAAAUGGUAAAUCGUCAAGCUUCUGCUGAACAAAGUUGGCAUCAGUAAAGGGUGGAAUGGGGCUUUGUUUGGCACUGGGUGGGUUUCAAGACUCUGGCAGCAGUAUUUGGGUGAGACAGAAGUACCAUGUCAAUGUGGGACUGCUGGCAACACUGAAGUGUUAAGAUCAACAUGCUUGGAUUCUUAGCAUAGGAACUGGACCAGGCUACUUAGCUACGUGAGCCUGUUCUACCAUUCAAUGAAAUGGCUAAUU